AAUUUUAACCCAAACCAUCAUCUUUUUCAUAAAACGUCAGGAAUAUGCGGCUUAAAGCCCUGAAGGAAAACUCCAGUCAUAAAUCACAGAUUAACAACAAGAUCAUUCAACAAAAGUAUAACAUUCAGCUCAGUAAUAACUGUCAGGGUUCAUGGACAAAACAAUUGUUUUUUGCUAAUCACCUAUCAUUAGCUUAAGCAUGUUUACAUUGCAUAAAUUAGCCUAGCGGCUAGCGGACAUUUUUCUUCUUCUCAUAGCUUAACAAAUUCUCACCGUUGGUUUAAGUCACUGCAUCUUCAGACAGCCUGCAUGCACAGUUUUUCAGCCGAACAUUGUUAAAACUAGGGGAGACCCUGAAUAGUCGAUGAGUCGGUGAUUCGAUUCAGAGAAGUCUGAUUAGACUGCCAGUCUCGCCAUCGAAUCAUCGCAAAAUGUGGUUAUGAAACAAGACCGUACCAUUCUGACUUUUUCAUGAUAUUUAGCCUAUUUUGAUAAAAACAUCAGCCUAAUUUCUGUUAACAAAAAACUGAAAAUGACGAGUGCGUUUCUAGAUAACGAAGAAGAGAUAAAGAGUUUUCUUGAAUCUCUGAAUCUUCCUACAAUCACACAAGAACAAAAUAAAGUCCUGACUGCGGAUAUUACUGAAAUAGAAGUCAAGGCAGCAAUAUCAAGACUCAAACCACCUAAGAGUCCAGGCUCACAUCCGAAUGGUAUAAGUCUUUCAAGGAACAGUUAAUUCCAAAAUUAUGCCAGAUAUGUAAUGGAGCACUCAAAAAGGGAAAGAUUCCCCUCUCAUGGAAGCAAGCUAUAAUCUCAGUAAUACCAAAGGAAGGCAAAGAUACAUUAGAUUGUAAACAAUUUCGACCCAUCUCAGUGUUAAAUUUAGAUUAUAACAUUUUUAUGUCAAUGUUGGCUAGGAGAAUUGGAAAAACUCUUGCCAUCUCUUAUCCAUUUGGACCAGACUGGAUUUAUCCAUGAGAGACAGACCCAAGACAGCUUGAGGAGGAUGCUACAUAUUAUGUGGCAUAUCCAGCAGAACAGGACACAAGCUAUGUUAAUGGGAUUGGAUGCAGAGAAGGCGUUUGACUCAGUAAGAUGGACUUUUUUGUAUAAGGUGUUAGAUAAAUUUGGUUUUCAUCAUACUCUUAUCGAGGCUUUCAAAGCUGUAUAAUAAUCCAACAGCAAGAAUUAAAGUAAAUGGCAGCCUCUCAAUUUUUUUUUUUUUUUGGAGCGUUCUUGUAGACAAGGUUGCCCCUGUUCUCCACUUCUCUUUGCCCUCUUUAUAGAACCUCUUAGUUAAUAUAUCAGGCAAAACAAGCAGAUCAAGGGUAUAAAUAAAGCGGGACAGGAACACAAAAUAUCUCUCUUCGCGGAUGACUUGUUAAUUUUUUUUCAAUGAAGAAAGACAACACGCACUCUCAAAAAUUAAGAAAAAAGUCUGGAGGAGCUCUGCAACAGAACAACAGUAUAAACAAGAAAAAGCCAGCAACACUCGGUGUCCUUCGUUGGCAACUUUUAAUACCUCACUGGUACAGACCGUUAAAUACACAGACCAGUAUUGACAAGUGUCUUCCUCAGUGUGUGAAAAGAAAAGCUUUUCUUCUUCUUUCUAAUUUUGCUGGCUUUUUCUUGUUUAUAGUGUUAAUUUUUUUUAUCACAACCAUCCACAUCUCUACCAACUUUUUUUUUUUUAAUUUAUUAAUAAACAAACAGACAAAUCAGAUAUACAGGCAAGUUAACAAACAGACAAAACAAACACAAAGCAAACAAAACAACAGUAAUAUAAAACAUCAAAUAUAAAAGAGGGAGGAAGGGAAUAGGACAAAAUUAUAUUCAUGACAGAAUGAGAGAGAAAAAAUGAAAAACUUAUUAGUGAAGUGUUAGGCUGUAUGCAUGUGAAGAGAGUGAUGUGAGUAUGUGUGUGUGUGUGUGUGUGUGUGCGUGUGUGAGCAUAUAUAGAGUAGUUAUGUUUUGUAUUAUGUAUUAUCUAUUUAUGUUAGAAAUAAUGGAAUCAGUGUAGGUUCAUGUACCAAAGAUGCUAUGGAUUGUGUAGUGCUGUGAAAAGGGAGUCAGGUAUCUAUAGAGGUCAAUUUGUUGAUAAAUGAGGACCAAAUUUUGUUGAAAUGUGGUAUGUUGUGAUUAACUGAUGCAGACAUUUUUUCAAUUAAAAUUUGAUCUAUUAAUAAGUUCUUCCAGUGGGUUAUGUUCAGUUGAUUUCUUGUUUUCCAGUUUAGGAGGAAUGUUUUCUUGGCGACAGCUAGGGCUGUGAACAGUGUCGUUUUUUUUUGUUUUUUUUUUAAAGAUAUUUUUGGGGGCUUUUUAGCCUUUAAUGUAUAGGACAGACAAGCGUGAAGGGGGGAGAGAGAGAGGGAGCGACAUGCAGCAAAGGGCCACAGGCUGGAGUCGAACCUGGGCCGCUGCGGCAACAGCCUUGUACAGGGUGCGCCUGCUCUACCACUAAGCCACCGGCACCCCAGUGAACAGUGUAGUUUUGAUAUGAUUAUUUAGUUGUAGAGUUGACAUGUCUCCUAAGAUCCAGAGUUGGGGGGAUAGAGGGAUGCGGCAGCCCGUUGUGACUUGAACCCAAGAUUGGCUAACUGAUGUGCAAUACCAGAAAGCGUGUAUAUAGUUGGUGGUGGUGUUUUGUGUGCAAUGAGUGCAUUGGUCUGAUGUACUGAAUCACAUUUUAUGGAACCUUUCUCCUGUAUAAUGUGUCCUGUGGUUAAUCUUGAAUUGAAUGAGCUGUAGAUUUGGGAUUUUACAAUGAGUGAAGUUAUUUUUGCAGAUUUGGUGGCAGAAGUCUGAGUUGGGAGAGAUGGAGAGAUCCUGUUCCCACUUUGAAACUGGGAGAGAAAUAGAAGUGUCGGUAUUGAUUAGAAAUGUAUAUAUCUUUGUGAGUAAUUUGUUAGAGCCAAAAAUCUUUACAAAAUUGUCUAUGAUAGUGGUUUGAUCCUGAGUACUGAUUGUAUUGUUUUGGGAGAAUGGUCGGCUUAAGCUGUAAAUACUGGAGAUAUUGACUAUUACUGAUGCUGAAUGUCUGGAUUAAUUGUUGAAAAUUGAUAAUUUUAGAUUCCUGAAUUAUAUGGUGGAGAUGUGUGAUACCUUUAUCUUUCCAUUAUGUGAAGUUUAAUGGUUUCCUAUUUAUUGUAAAAUCUGGGUUUUUCCAUAAUGGUGAAUGAAUGGAUGGUGCAACUGUAGAGCUUUUAAUGCAAAAGAUUUUCCACCAAGCUGUCAGAGCUGAGGCUAUGGAAAUACUUUAAAAACAGGUGUGAUAUUUAAUUGUUUGACUGAUUAAUGGGAGAUCUGAAAGAUUUAUAGUGUUACAUAGUGCCUGCUCAGUUUCUUACCAGUGUGAAUCAAAAUCUGAAGGGGUGAGCCAUUGUUUUAAGUAUUUUAACUGACUUGACAGAUGAUAAAAUUCAAAGUUUGGUGCUUCUAAUCCUCCCUGAGUUUUGGGUUUCUGUAAUGUUUUAAGCUUUAUACGAGGUGUUUUAUUUUUCCAGUAAAACUGUGAUAUUGCUGUAUUAAGAGAAUUGAGCCAGGGUAGAUUUGGAAGGGUAGGGAUCAUAGCAAAAUAAAUAAUAAAUUUUUGGGAGGACUGACAUUUUUAUUGUUGAAAUUCUUUCUAAAAGUAAAAUGGGUAGUUUUGUCCAACAAUUGAGGUCAUUUUGUAUUGAUUUGAGUAAUGGUGUGUAGUUUAGAUUGAACAGCUCUGACAGCUUGGGGGAUAUGUGAAUUCCUAAAUAUUUAAUAUUUCCUAUGGGGAGAUGAAACUGUGAGGUUAUGGUUGCCACAUCCCUCUGGUCCAUGCAGAGAGGUAGAACAGUGGAUUUUGACAAGUUGAUAGAGUAGUUGGAGAGAGAUGAGAAUGAUUUAAUAACUGAGAUACAUUUUUGUAAUGAUGAAAAGGGAUCUUGGAGGAGGAUCAAAACAUCAUCAGCAUAGAGGAUUGUUUUGUGUUCUGUGGAUAAUGAUCUAAUACCUUUGAUGUUAUUAUCUUGUCGUAUGCUGGCUGCAAGUGGUUCUAAAAAAAUUGCAAAGAGUGAUGGAGAGAGUGGACAUCCCUGUCUGGUGCCGUUAUGAAGUUUAAAUUGUUGUGAGUUUAGACCAUUAGUUAUGAUGGUUGCUGUUGGUGAGGUGUAUAGUGCCUUAAUCCAGUCGAUAAAUGACUCUCCAAACCCAAAUUUCUGUAAUGUUGCAAAUAAGAAACACUAAUUUACUCUGUCAAAUGCCUUUUGUGCAUCUAAUGAGAUGAUUAUGGUUUCAGAUUUCCUAUUGUUUGAAAGCUGCAUUAAGUUGAACAAUUUUUGAGUGUUAUGGGAUGACUGCCUUCCUUUGAUAAAACCAGUUUGAUCAGGGUGUAUAAUGGAGGGAAUUACUUUUUCCAGUUCUGUUUGUUAGUGCCUUGCAGAUAUGUUCACAAGUCUUUUUUUGCAAGUCCAAGUCAAGUCUCAAGUCUUUGGUCACGAGUCCAAGUCAAGUCUCAAGUCUAUGUGGGGUGAGACUUGGUCAAGUCUCAAGUCUUUGGUCACGAGUCCAAGUCAAGUCUCAAUUCUCUAAAAAAUAAAAGUCUCAUGUCUCUUCUGGUUGUAAUGAGCCUUCUAUCGUCUGCUGCUAUCCAGUCUGCUAUGAAUACUGCACAGCUAUAUCUAAGACAUUCAAAGCAUUUACUGUAUUAUUAUCACUCCUUUAUCUAUUAGCAUACAGUAUCAGUACUGAUUAGUUGUUUGUUAUAUGAUCACUUUAAACAGGCUAUUGCAAUGCAAUAUGAAGAAAAAACACAAUGAAAGCUUUCCUUUAAAGGAAACUGUAUUCUUUCAACAUGAACAUACAGUUACAGUAUAUCUUGCCCACUAUUGUGCAGGCUCAGUGGGACCAUAAUAAGAACAAACAUAGAAAAUGUUACACCUCACCCAGUCAAAGACGUUGUAAUUAACAUCCUUCCAAUUAGUGCAAAACAUCACACUGUGCAAACAACUUGUAAGCAAAACACUUAAAAGUACUUUAAACAUUUGUAUGUUAUUUCUGUGCCAUUUCCAACUAAAAAUUUGUUAACAAAAAAAGCAAAACUAUUGCUGCAAUAUCAUCUGAAAUAUACUGUAAGUCUAUAAACUGGUGAUAUUAAAACAUGACCUGUUCCAAAAGAGAUAUCUACCAUUUGUGAAAAUUGGCACCUUUCUUUGUAUGACAAAAAUGAUUCCUUGCAUAAAAGUAAAACUCAAGGAACAAAAUAUGGAAUAUCACUGGAGUUAUUGGCUAUCUUGACUCCUUUACUAACAAAACAGUAACCUUUUUGUGGAAACAAUCACCUGUGUUGUUUUGCCAAGAACAAAAUAUGUAACAAUAACAAACCUGCAAUAAGAUCAGAAUGGUUUACCUUAUUCUUCUCUCAAUACACUGGGUAUGGGCCACAAAACAUUAACAAGCUUGUAGUUGUCCUCCAGUGGCCUACUGUAAGACCUAGAAAAAGGUUAUGCAACAGAAUGGUUACAUUUCAAAAAGAUCAAGCUGGACAGUGUCCUUGCACUAAGCCUGGCUUGGUGAGGGCGCAUUAUAAUGCCUCCGUGACUGAAUACCCUUUCCACUGGUACACUGGUGGCAGGAACAGCGAGCACUCUCAUAGCCACAAGAUAGAGCCUUGGGAAGACCUUAAAUGCCUUUUCCAGAAACCUAGGCAGUCUGCUUCUUCUUCAUCAGAGCACACCUGGAUGUAGCGAAUGAGCUCAGCCUUGACAGAUGAUACAUGGUCAUCCUUCUUGUUGCGUGGAGUUUUAGCAGGUGGCUCAUUCUUAUCAUCCUCUCCACUACUGCUCUCAGCAAGUAUGGUGACUUUCCGAGCCUCAGCCAAGACAAGGUCUGAAAAAGUUACACAAAAAUCAUGGUUAGUUACAAUAUUAUGACGUUGACAGUGGUGAUGGUUAAGUCUAAAUGAGAUUUUACUGAUGUUAUUGAAAGCGAGAAAAUAUUUUGAGUGCCUGAAAAGUUGGGAGGAGAAGGAAAUGUAUACAAUGUAUUGAAUUAAGUAUUAAUUUGGUGCCUGAAAACUUCAAGCCAUGAAUGAUGCAUAAUGUGAUGAUAAUGUGUUUGGAAAUGGUGUGCAUUCACCUACCUAUUAUCAUCUCCUUCACCUCACUCUUGACUUCAUCUGGUGCAAGGACAUCUUGCUCUAGCCAAAAGAAGCAGAAUGAUGGGUCUAGUAGUGCAGACAUCAUGUAGACCAUAUCUCCAAUUGGAAGAUCUCCUGCGGGUUGAACUGAGUCAUCCAUUCUGACAUUUGCAAAGAUCCCCCGGAAACGGCGUUGCAGUGACUUCUGGAGAGCUUUCACAAAACCGGCCAGAUGCCGAGUUGUAUUCAGCAUACUGUUGAGGUGGCUGUUGAGUGAGAGAACGCAAGGCAGAGCCGCACUUAGAGUCACCACUUUCUCCCCUUGUGUGAGGUCUGUUGCAUGAGAAAUGGGGCCAAAAUUUCCACAAGCUCUUUCAGCUGACUCCAUUCUCUUGCUUAGAAGCACAGGCCUUUAUGUCCUUGGGCUUCCAGAAGAGUAUUUAGGCUUUGAGGAUCCAGGUCAGUGAUUGCCUCCACAAGGCGGAGAGUUGUAUUCCAUCGUGUUGAUACAGCAAAGGGGAUGCUUCGAUUGGCUCCAUACUCUGCAGAAUUUUGUCACUUUUGCCAUUGCACUGUUCAGAGUCUUUGUGUCCUUCAGUCCAUCUCGCACAAUAAGCUGUAAUGAAUGCGCAAAGCACUGUAGUCGCUGUUGACAGCAGCUGCUCUGGAUAGAUUCCACAUCGUCCUGGAAAUUCUCACUUAUAUCCUCCCAUAAGUUGCUGUUUUCCAGGUCGUCUUCACCAUCUUCACUCUCAGUUGUUGCAGAGGGGAAACAAACUGUGAAGGCUUUCCUCAUAUUUGCUGCAUUGUCACAAAUAAUGUCAUCUAAUUUGUGUUUUAUAUUGAAGUUGUCACAUAUCUCCUCAAAUUUCUCACUUAUUCUUUCUCCAGUGUGUGACCCUGUGAAUCGUUCACAACUUAAGAGAACUGUCUGCAGGCUUGGGCUGUUUUUCUCUAUUUCCAUGAAGUGGGCUUUUACCCCUAAAAAGCCACGCAUGCUUCGGUCAGUCCAGAUAUCAACAGUCACAGACACAUUGUCUGUCUUUUCUAGUUUGGAUUUGAUCUUGGACUCUUUGUCUGCUGCUAGCUCGUCUGGUUACGGUGCUUCGACUUACUGGGCAGUAUCUCUUCUCUACCACUGACAUGAAAUUCUUGAAGCUAGGCUUGUCAAUCAAAGACAGAGGCAGAUUGCAUGAAAUGAUGAGAUCCUGUAUUAUGGAUUCAGUAAUGGCCUUCUGUCUGGGAUGGCCCUGGCUGUAUAUCUGCACACCUUUUGCCUGAGUCAAGAACGCAUCAAGGCUGCUCUGUCCCUCUCCACUGGCCAGUUUUUUCACUUUGUUGAAUUCAGAAAACCUGUAGAUGAACAACAUGGAAAGUCUACUAUAAAUUAACACAUUCCUCUAUCCUCUCUCUCAAACCCAGUGUAAUGGUAACCUGAUAAACCUGUAACAUUAACGUUACGUGGUCAACAAUAAACCUGUAACCUGCCUGUAAGCCGACAGUAUAACUAUGUAUUUUUCUACGUUUAACGUUAGCUAGUAGAUGGUGGCAGCGGAACGUAGAUGAUUAACAUUACCGACCUUUUUUUACGUCACGUCAACACCACUCAAUGCAAACAAGUGUGACAAGCAAACUAACAUUCACUCAUCUUUUCAAAUAUUUAGUUCCAAAGCUAGUAGCAAGCUAGGUUAACGUUACAUAGCUGAUGCUGAGCUAAACAUGUUUGCUAACCGUCCAUAUGCGCUAAUGUGACUGACCUCUCCAGGUGAGUUUACAGGUGCCUGAUAAAAUUUGAUGUCGUUGAUCCAGCAUCCUUAAUUUUGAUACUGCAGACUUUGCAGUCUGCGCUUCUUUUGUUGGUGCCGUCUUGUUUGAAGUUCUUAUAACCAAACGUAAUUACAAAGGGUACGGCAGCAGCUACAGGUGUGCCGGUCGCCAUAGUGUUACCGUCAUCUGAGGUACUCGUGCGUGAGGCGCGCACCCGCGUAAUAUGGUUACUAUGGUUACCAUGACAAAAAGGAAGGAAACUCGUCAGACGUUUCAAAGUUUCCUCAAUGUUAAUACGCCAAAAAUAGAAAAUAUAAUGAUUGUUCACGAGUCCCAAAACACGAGUCCGAGUCGAGUCUGAAGUCUUUUGAGCACAAGUUCUCUGUGUGUGAGACUUAAGUGCGACUCGAGCCCGAGUCGCAAACUUGAGUCCCCAUCUUUGGUGCCUUGCUUAUGAUUUUUAUGUCUGUGUUGAUUAGAGAGAGAGGACGAUAACUAGCUAGAUGAGUGGGGUCUUUAUCAGGUUUUAAAAGUAAGGUGAUUAAGGCUGUAUUCAUGGUAGGAGGUAUUCUUUUAUUUUUGCGGAAUUCAUCAAUCAUUCUGAAAAAAAGAGGUGAAAUGGUGGACCAGAAAUGUUUGUAGAACUCAGCAGGGAAGCCAUCGGGACCGGGGGCCUUACUGUUUUGCAUUUUACUGAAUGUGUUGUGAAAUUCAUCUGAGGUUAAUGGCUGUUCGAGUGACUUAGUUUGUUCUGGUGUUAAUUGGGGUAGAUUGAUAUUACUCAAGAAUUUAUGUAUAUCAUGAGUACUUGGGUUGUGAGAGAGUGUGAAUAAAUCUUGAUAAUAAUUCUUAAAUAUAUUGUUGAUGUCUUUUGGGUCAUGGUGUGGCUUCCCUGCUGAGUCCUUAAUUACUGUUAUAAUUUUUCUAUCCUUAUUUUGUUUAACCAGAUUUGCCAGAUACGCCGUUUAUCUAUUACUGUGUUGAGAUGUGUUAAGUCUUAGGGCUCUAGUUUCCCGGCGCAGCGCAGAGUGGUGCAGGGUGGCGAACCCCGCUCAGAGCUAGUUUCGAGCAGUGCAACCCAAGGCGCGCUCAGUUUGGUAGUUUGGCAGACCGAGGUGCGCUGAGAUGGGUCUGGCGGCGCAGCAGGGGGAGGUGUCGACAGAUCCAGCUUGGCGCAGUGACAGUUUUGUGCCAAAAGGCUUCGCCGAAGGUGCGCUAAAAGCUCGCCAGCUGAAACCAGGUCUACUGUCAGCGCAGGCGGAGCGCAGGCGGUGUAAGCCGAAGUUUGGCUGACCGGCUGACAGUGUGCACACGUCACCAAAACCUCACAGGCAGGUUUCCAGAAUAUCAGGCACAUUAACAAUGGAAUAAAUACCCAAAAAACACUAUUCAAUGCAACUAUCUGCAAUCAGCACAUAAAUGUAUCUCUAUAUCGACUGUCCCGUCACAUCUGAUGUCAGAUCAAAGGGGAUUGGCACCGUUUGGCACAUGUAAUGGAAACCCAACCUGAUUUGAUUAACACAGCUGCAAACUACUGAGUUCACAUCCCUCUCAGCCAACCACAAACAGCCACAGCAACAGUAUAUAUUCAGCAUCUGUCAUCUUAGAAAAGUCAAAAGAAAAGAAACAGAGUGAGACUGCGAAAGAGAAAGAGAGAGCGCACGCGCGCACGGGAGAAACCCAACAUUGAUUUACGAUUGUGGUGACCUCCUCCCAGGCUACCUUUGCAUCAUCAGCCCAAGGAGGUCUGCAGUUCCGUAUAUUCGGACACUGCGAGCUUGGACCUCCUGGACCAAAACAUCAGUUUCCUCCUGGGAGAAGUUUGGCCGCCUGACGCUGCUGCUCUCCUCUGCCAUGGCGAAUUGAGUAAACUCUCAUUACGCCUUCGCGCGGAGCAUUUAAGGGCGAGGAGAGGGGCUCAUUUGAUUGGUGUGAUGUGUGUAAAACCCACUCCACGCCUUCUCUCCUCCCUCUUUCCGACUUGCGCAGGUAGGAGGGACGGAGGUGGGAAAGAGGAGUAGCUGCGCCAGGUGCACGGCGUGCCAAACUUGCAAAAUCCACCUGGUCACACCCAGUUGGCGAAGCGCAGGUGCGCUGCGCCCCCGCCUCGCCUGGUCUGCGAAACUAGAGCCCUUAGUCUUUCAAUUAGAAAUUUAAGUUUAUGCAGUUCCAUUUUGUACUUCUGUAGUUCAUAGUAGAUGUUUUCAGUAGGAUUAGUUGCAUGGAUGUUUUCAAGUUCUUUAAUUUCCUUUUCUAUUUCGAUUUGCAAUGCUGUAUCUUUUCGUUUUUUGUAAGAUGAGUAUGAAAUUAUUUUGCCCCUUAAAACAGCUUUUCCAGUUUGCCAGAGUAAAGUUGCAGAGGUGUCUAGAGAGUCAUUUAUUUCCAAAAAGGAUGUCCACUCUCUCUUAAAAUUCCUGGUCUUCUAGUAGUGACUACCAACUUUAAUGUCGUCGAUGGAUAUGUUUGGUCAAUUAUCAGACUAUAAGAUAAAUAUCCAGAAAACCCAGGCUAGGACUUUUAAUUUUAACCCACCAGAUGAUUUGGUUACUAAAUACAGCUUGAGUUGUAACAAGAAAUCAAUGAAGUAUCUGGGAAUUAAUCUUACCCAAGACAUUACAAAAUUAUUUGAAGCCAACUAUAUUCCUCUCAACCUUAAAAUUAAGUCUGACAUCUCCAAAUGGAAUCACUUACCUUUUCUCAGUCUAACCUCAAGGAUUGAAUCUGUCAAAAUGGUGAUUUUGCCACGCCUGUUGUAUCUCUUCCUAUCACUGCCAAUUGAAAUAAGUGAUCGACAGUUCAUUGAAUGGCAGAAAUUAGUUUCUCAAUAUUUCUGGAUGGGUAAAAAAACAAGAAUAAAUAUAUAUAUAUAUAUAUAUAUAUAUAUAUGUAUACUAUAUAUAUAGUAAUGCAAUUAUCAAAAGACAAAGGGGGGAUGGCACUGCCAUAUUUAAAAGAUUACUACUAUGCGGCUCAAAUAAGAUCCUUGGUGUAUCUCUGUGACCCGCAGUUCAGGGCCAGGUGUAAGGAAAUAGAAGAGGGAGGAUCUGUGGGUCCACCUAUACAGGCAGCAAUGGCAGACAAAAAACUUGUAGACAGUCUUACAAAUAAAAAUAACCCCAGGAUAAAAACAACACUAAAAACCUGGCACAAAGUAGUUAGGAAAUACAAUUUAAAGGGUGCAGAAAAUGUAUUACGUUGGUGUACAUAUGACAUAGAUUUUAUUCCAAAUAGGACAGACAGUAUAUUUAAAAUAUGGAUGGAAAAGGGCCUUACAGCUUACUGCUGCUUCAUACACAAUGGGUCUGUGAAAAGUUUUGACGAUCUCAAAAGGGAAUAUGGUUUAGAGAAGCAAGAUUUUUUCAGAUACCUUCAAGUAAGGCAUCGAUUAAAUACAAUUUUGACAGAGGACUUGAGAAGUGAUAUCCUGAAGGUCUUUGUUUCAUCUUACAAAUCUGGGAGUGUAAAGAGACUAAUGUCUAGAUUACACAAAAGUUUCCAAUACUCCUCAAAAUCGAACACCCUGCAUAUUAAAUGUAGAUGGGAAAGGGAGGGAGAUCUGGUCAUACCUGAGGAUGAAUGGGAAAACAUUUGUAAAUUACAAUGGAAAACCACAACUUCACACAGCUGGCGGGAGUUUGGAUGGAAAAACAUUAUGAGAUUCUUUAUAACACCUGCUCAGAAGAGACAUCAAGGUAGUGGAACAAAUUGUUGGAGGAUGUGUGGUUCGGAUACAGCCAACCAUUAUCAUUUAUUUUGGGAUUGUCCGAAACUUUUGUCUUACUGGCAUGACAUUCAUGAUUGGGGCGGCAGUAGCUCAGUCCAUAUGGACUUGGGUUGGGGACCGGAGGGUUGCCUGUCCGGACCAAAAUAUGGAGCGUGGACUGGUAGCUGGAGAGGUGCCAGUUCACCUCCUGGGCACUGCCGAGGUGCCCCUGAGCAAGGCACCGAACUCCCCAACCGCUCGGAGCGCCUGUCAUGGGCAGCCCACUAUGACAUCUCUCCACUUAGUGCAGAGUAUAGGUCCAGUUUGUGCGUGUGUGUUCGGACCUGUGUGUAAUUGACAAACAGAGUAAAAAAAUUAAUUUCCCCUCGGGGAUUAAUAAAGUAUAUAUAUUAAAAAAAAAUUGUCUGGAAUACAUAUUUCAAAUUACUAUACAAUUUGAUGUCAGCUCAAUGUAUUUUGGUACCAUGGCAUUGCAUACUCAAUCAAUAGCAGACAAAUAUCUAAUGAAGAUAUUAUUGAUUGGAGUGAAGAAAGCUGUAACAAGGAAGUGGCUACAACCCAACGCACCGACACUGGAAGACUGGCAAAGAACUGUUCAUGAAAUCUACAUCAUGGAGAGACUGACGUUCGCUUUAAAACUACAAUCGGAGAAAUUUAAGAGAUGGUGGUCAAAAUGGAUCAGAUAUAUAAGAUCACGGAGACCUGAACUGCUUUAAGUACCUUUAUUACAUGGCUAGACUAUUAACUAUUGGGACAACUGAAAAUUGCUGUCAGAAGAUCUUGAUGGAAAAAUGAGGAAGUGUGACAUCCGUUGUUCAAAUGUUCCUAUUUUACACAUUAUAAAAUGAAAGGGAGAGUAAUAGAUGGGAGAAUAUAUUUUAGUGCAAUUGUGCAAGUGCAAUUUUUUUGUUUUGUGUAUGUUUAAUUGUGCUGAAAUGAUUUUGUAUGUUUGUGUGUAUGUUUCUCCUUUGCUGCAUGUCAUCCCCUCUCUCUCCCCCUUUCAUACUUACCUGUCCUGUGCAUUAAAGGCAAAAAUGCAAAAAAACCCAAAAAAAAUCCUUAAAAAAAACCCAAAAAAAACCAACAACAUAUACACUCUGUGUGUUUUUUUCUAAAUAUAGUUUUCAGACUUGGGAUUUUUUUCCAGAUACAUUUCCAACAUACAUAAAUAUAACCAUAAUUAUAACAAUAUGCCAUUAGACCAAAACCAAAUUGUCAAAAACCACAAAUUUUAUUUGGGGCCAAAUCAGUUUUUCUUGGACCCACUAAAAUGACGAGCUGUGGGUCCUGGGGACUCACUACAUCAUUUCAUCAAUAUCACUGCGCUAGCCCUUAGCCUUUGUAUAUAUUGCAGCUUUUAUUUUAUUAUUAUUUUUUUUAAAGACAUUUUUUGGUAGUUUUUGCCUUUAAUUGAUAGGACAGCUACGUGUGAAGGGGGUAGAGAGAAGGAAUGACAUGUAGCAAAAGGCCAAAGGCUGGAGUCAAACCUGCGCCGCUUCGGCAACAGCCUUGUUCAUGGGGCGCCUGCUCUAUCCACUAAGCCACCGACGACCCAUAUAGCAGCUUUUAUUUAAUUGCAUUAAUUUAUUAUUGGGUUCAUCUAUUCAUUUAAUUAUUUGUCCUGUCUCAUGC